CAAAUUGUCAUUGACAAAUUAUUCAGGAAGCAAGAGGUGUCUUCUGCUUUCUUUUUUGACUAUGAUGUGGAUGAUAGUGACCAGUUAACAAGGUUGUUUUGGGCUGAUCCUAUUUGCCGCAAGAAUUAUGCAUUGUUUGGUGACGUUGUUUCAUUUGAUGCUACCUAUGGAACGAAUAGGUACAAUAUGGUGUUUGAACCUUUUACGGGCGUUGAUAAUCACAGAAAGUGUGUCACUUUUGGAGCUGGAUUAUUAUUGAAGGAGGAUGUGGAGUCAUACGUUUGGCUUUUUACUUGUUUUAUAAAUGCUAUGGGACGUCAACCAACAUGCAUUAUUACUGAUCAAGAUCCAACGAUGCGUAUUGCCAUCGAGAAGGUAUUUACAUCAUCCAAACACCGCUAUUGUAUGUGGCAUAUUAUGUCCAAAGUCACUCAAAAGGUUGGCCCAGUUUUAAGCAAAAAUGAAACAUUUAUGUCUUCAUUGAAUUCAAUAGUUUGGAGUCAUUACCUUGAACCAUCUCAAUUUGAAGAAAAGUGGAUCUCUCUCAUGAACGAAUACGAAUUGACAAAACAUGAUUGGUUUGUCCAUAUGUUUGAGUUGCGCUAUUGGUGGAUACCUUCUUAUUUUAGAGAUCUAUUUAUGGCUGGAUUACUUCGUACAACAUCACGGUCUGAAAGUGAGAAUUCCUUUUUCUGUGAAUUUACUAACCCACAUUUCAGUUUAAUAGAAUUUUUAAUGCAAUUUGAGAGUGCAAUGGAUGCACAAAGGCAUGCACAAGAUAAAUUGAAUUCAGAGUCAGAGUCCUACCUUCCAGUUUUGAAGACUCCUUUAUCUAUGGAGAAGGCUGCGUCUGAUGUAUUCACACUCGCUGUCUUUUAUGAUAUUCAGUCGGAAUUGUGUUCAACGUGCUUUUCAUGUCGUGUUUUGCAUGUGCAUGGUGUUGAUGGUGAUUUUGAGUAUGAAAUUUCUGAUGAUCGUAAUUUGGUGUUUAGAGUUGACUUGAGCAUGUCAAAUAUGAAGGCAGUGUGCAGUUGUAAGUAUUAUGAGCGGAUUGGCAUGGUUUGUAGACACAUAUUUUUUGAUCUAAAGGACUUGAAAUUGGAACACAUUCCGAACCAUUUGGUUAGUAGCAGAUGGUGCAAGAAGGGUCUAGUGAAGCCACUCACUGAAAUUUCGGAUUCCGUAUUAGAACAGACUUCAUUGUUGGAGGACAAUAAGAUGUCUGUUAACACUCUUUGGUCUGACAUAUAUGCUUGUAUGGCCCUUGUUGAAAAUAAUCCCAAUUAUUUGAAGCAAUUUUCAGGUAUAAUUAAACAGCAAAAGCAAAUUCUACUUUCUCUACAUGAAGGUGUUGGUCAGUGUUCAACAAAGAAUUCAUUAAUUGAAUCAUUUUAUGGUUCUGGUGUGCCAUCUGAAGUCACUGUUCAUCCCCCGCAGCAGGCGAAAAAUAAGGGUUCUGGACGUAGGCUUAGGUCUUCCAAGGAAGUUUCAAUGGAAGAAUCCCAACGCCCCAAAAGACUUUGUAGAUCAUGCAAUGAGAUGGGGCAUCACGAUAGUAGAAAUUGCCCUUUGAAUAAAUAGGCUUGCUUGAAG